UACAGCCGUUUUCAAUUUCAGAAUUAAAUAUCUGGCUUAUUUCGCAUUUUUCGACACAUGUUCUUCUUAACAUUUAUUUUAAUUUAUAUUGAAAUAUAUAUAUAAUAAGUUUUUUUACACAGUUUAUAUAAAUUCAUAAAUAUUUGACAAAAUCGUAUAUACCCGCUUUAAGUACGCACACUGCAGUCGAAGUUUAUAAUAUUUGUAGCAGAUCCUGCGCAGAUUUAGUCAUAACAAGCUUCGGAUAGCUUCGGAUAGCAUCGUAUCGCAAGGAUGUCGCUGUUCAAGGUGGCACCAUUGGAAAUAUUUGAUGAACCUUUACCCGGUGGAACAUUUCCAGAGGCAGAAAUAGUUGGUCAUUUUUCGGUUGAUGGAGAUGGCGAACUCGCAUUUGACGAGAGUCAGAAGAAGUUCCUUAAGAUGCCGAGUGAUCUGAAAAGAGUGAAGUUGGAUUUGAACGAGGGGUACGUAGAUAUAUCAACGCCCCCAGAUCAUCAGCUGAACAACAUUGACUACAUCCUGCGAUGGAUUCAGGAAGAUCGCGAGAAACAUUUCCCGAGCAGCGAGUUCAAGAAUGCAUUUGUUGGCCGAAGACAGCUGCUCGCCAAGGUGAUGUGUACGCCGUACGACAAAGACCCCUGGAAGUUUGGAGUGAUCUUCAGGGACGACAACUUUUACAUGUGCGAGUUCGACCGGGAGAUAACGGCCACGCCCAACCCGGAGGAUGAGACGUGGGUGCGGUCAAUAUUUUGGGGAUGGAAAAUGUUGCAGUACUUGACCGCAGAUGAGGCGGAUGGCAAACCAAAACCCGAUCGCCAAUGCAACCAAAAUGAAGAGUUUGACGUUGUCAGCAAGCUGAAAGUAAAUGGCCAUGUUCUAGCGUACUAUUACGGCGUGGAUGCCUACGACAAGGACGCUAAUUGCUACGUGGACAUCAAAACCUGCAAGCACGUACCCGAGCAUGACGAACGCAGGCUUAGAAUCUUUCAGAGACACAAACUGCUGAAGUGGUGGGCACAAUGUCAACUUGGCGCUGUUUCUGAAGUAGUCGGUUGUUAUAGAGACGAUUCGGGGAUAGUCACCCGCCUCAAGUGCAUGCCCACACGAGAAAUGCCGGACAGCGCAAGGGAAUGGUCGGCAAAUGUCUGCUACAAUUUCCUCGACCAGUUUCUGACCUGGGUGAAACAAAGGAUUCCCGCUGUCGAUGCCGAUACGUGAGUACAUCGAAUCAUCAAUCAUAU